CGUGCCCCCAGCGUGGUGCUGUGGACCUUGUGUUAGCAAGCAGUUCCUUUGCGUUUCUCCAGUUGCGUGGUUUGACAGCUUGCAUCUUUUUAACCAUGAGGUUCCCGAGUCGGUAUUACAACAGGGUGCUGUCUUUCAGCCGGACUCAAGGCCUUGAUUAUUUUUGUGUAGCCGGGACUCGGAGCAAUAGCACCGGCAGCGCCGGGGAGCGUAAUGCGGCCGCUGACAGCGACAGAUCGGCGAGAGCGGUGCCCCUGUCCUAUGAUGUGUUUGAUGGCAGAGGGACUGAGACGCCCCUGGUGUUCCUGCAUGGCUUGUUUGGCAGUAAAUCCAAUUUCCAGUCCAUAGCGAAGGCACUGGUGCAGCGGACAGGCAGAAAGGUGCUUACCUUAGAUGCUCGAAACCAUGGCAACAGCACACACACCCCCUUCAUGAGCUAUGAAGCAAUGGCCAAUGACCUCACGAAUCUAAUGAGCCAGCUGCAUAUAGGAAAAUGUGUUUUGAUUGGGCACAGCAUGGGCGGCAAGGUGGCAAUGACAUCCGCACUUCUACAGCCAGACCUUGUGGAGCGACUGGUGGUGGUCGAUAUCAGCCCCAGCCAGACCACCAUGCACACCGGCUUCCCUUCCUACAUCACAGCCAUGAAAGCUGUCAAAGUGGACAGCGACAUCCCCAGAUCCACAGCAAGGAAACAAGCCGAGGACCAGCUGCGUCCGUUUGUGAAGGAACUGGCAGUGAGACAGUUUCUCCUGACAAACCUUAUUGAACAAGAUGGACACUACACUUGGAGAGUGAACCUGGACGCUAUCAUCAAGCACUUGGAUAACGUCAUGAGCUUCCCAGAUUUCAACACGUCCUACCUUGGCCCAACACUGUUUCUAGGUGGAGGAAAUUCACCUUACAUCAGCUCCGAACACUAUCCUGAAAUCCAACGCCUGUUCCCUAACUCCGAUAUCCAGUACAUACCUGACGCCAGCCACUGGAUCCAUGGGGACAGACCGAUGGACUUUAUCAACUCCAUCUGUACAUUUCUGAAGUCCUAGUUAAACAGGAAACAAAACACCAUGCUGUCUUGGAAUUUCUGCAGUGGUAUAUAGACUACAGUGCUCCCUCGCUAUAAGGCUCUCGGUUAUAACACGGCUCGGAUAUAAAGC